AUGACGUCCAGAGCUUCCAAGAGGCAGCAGGAAACCAAAGAUGCUGUACAGAAUGCAGGGAUGUUGCUCAAGCUGUCCAAGAAAGGAGGGGGAAUGACUGCGCACUCGGCGCUUCGUUUGGCUGGAGUUUCGACAGAAGACAGAGCCAACUGGAAUCUUCAGCGAAGAGCUCUUCGUGCAAGAGACAAGCUAGAUGAUCAGCGGAAAGAUCUGGCGACAGAGUUUGAUCACGUUAGAUUAGAAGACAACGAUAUGGAGGACGUUAGGCCCUUUCCAGACUCUCAGGAGAGCGUUAUUCCCAUUGCGCCACAACUCCCCAAAACUCUCAAAAUGCGAGCAACAUCGAAGCAAGCUGCAGCCAAGCGAAAGGCUGCCGUCCAGCUGAAGGAAUUGCGAGGCAAACUCUUUCAGGAGGCAGUAGAAACCCUUCAAGAGGAGGCACAGAAAGAAGAAGAGUUUCGAACGGAAGGCAAAGCAUACAAGAAGAAAUCAGCAGAGAUAAUCUGUCAAGAAAUCAACGCAACUGAACUGGCUCUGGCUCAUGAUAUCAAGAUUGUUGCACGGACCGUCCGGAAUGCAUUUCAAGAGAACCGAGUUACAAUGCAACGGCGUGGAGGGACUAUUGCCUCCUGUCUGUUCAAGACGGCAAGAAAGUAA